AUGGACACCUCAAAUUCUCCUCGCACAACAAGCGAAACCACGCCUCUGGUCUCAGCAGGGACCUCGAAAAAGCCUAAAACACCUCUUCCAAAACUUCAGAUAGGCAUACUUAUGACAUUGCGACUUGUCGAACCUAUCGCUUCGAUGUCCAUAUUUCCGUACAUCAAUCAGCUUAUCAGAGAACUUGGCAUCACUGGAGGUGAUGAUGCGGCUGUAGGCUAUUAUGCUGGAAUAACUGAGUCUUUGUUUUUCGUCGCACAGACACUGACAGUACUGAGAUGGAGUCGGUUGUCUGACCGUAUUGGGCGCAAGCCAGUGUUACUAGUGGGGCUAUCAGGAACUUGCAUGUCAAUGCUGUGUUUCGGUCUCUCGACGACGUUCUGGGGCCUUGUCGUUAGCCGCUGCAUGUGCGGUGUACUGAACGGCAAUGUUUCAGUCCUUGAAGACUAUGCUGGGCGAAUUGACAGACUUCUACGAAUAUGGCUCAGGGAUUUGCCUUGCUUCCAGAUAAUGUGGUGCAUUGGAGGCUUUAUUGGCCCCUUAAUAGGUGGUAUGCUUGCGCGUCCACAAGAUAACUGGCCCGAAUUAUUCGCGCAUCCAUUUUGGAGCAAAUACCCAUAUUUUCUACCUUGUGCAGUGUCUGCUUGUAUGUUUGUACUGGGCUUUCUCGUCGUGUUAUUUUUCUUAGAAGAAGUGAGUUUUACAUACUACCUUGAUGAUCGAGGUGGUCUUUCACAGAUAUCUAACAUGCCCAUGCGAUCUCUGCUCACACCUACCAUUGUCAUUCCAAUUGCAAACUACGCCAUGCUCGCCUUGCUUGAUAUUGCUCUCAUGGCUAUUUUGCCACUGUUCCUUUCUACGCCUACAUACCUUGGCGGCCUUGGCUUCACUCCUUCUCGUAUUGGCUUGUGGAUGGGAAUAUAUGCAAUGGCAAACGGUAUCUUCCAGGCACUGUUCUUCGCCAAAAUUGUCGAUUGGGUUGGUCCAAAGCGUUUCUUCUGUGGCGCCGUGUCGUGCUUCGCGCCAAUCAUACUCAUGUUUCCGAUCAUGUCGUGGCUUGUACAUGCAAGGGGGAUGGUUGAUCAUGCAAUCACACCUACAUUAAUCAGCCAACUAGCGCUUACGAUGAUAUGGGAUAUGGCAUACGGGACUGUAUUCAUGUUUAUCACGGCCUCUGCCCCCACAAAGAAUGUCCUUGGCACUGUCAAUGGUCUUGGUCAAACCUCCGCGUCCAUGGCUCGUGUCGUUGGGCCUGCAUUUGCAACUUCGCUUUUUGCAUUCUCAAAGGAACACAAUAUUCUUAACGGGAAUGCAGUCUAUGUUGUCUUCAUCGUGCUGGCUGGUGUACUGAGGUGGCUAGGGUCACAAGUUGCCAGAUAAAAUACAA